GCACGUGUACGCGUCCAGAACGGCUGCAAUAUGCAGAGCUCGAGGAGGAGUUCCGCGCAAUGGAGAGUUUUCCUGUUGGAACCACGGUGUCGUACAUCUGCCGGCCGGGGUAUAUGAGAAUCCCUGGGAAAUCAUCGGCUCGUACGUGUGGUAAAGACUUACAGUGGUCACCCACAGAGCAGUUCUGUACAGAGAGAAAAUGUAAACAUCCAGGAGAAUUAGAACAUGGUUUUAUUAAUGUGACAGAUCUUACAUUUGGUUCAACAGCUACUUUUUCUUGUGAAGGAGGGUUCAGAUUACGUGGAACAGAUGAAAUUUCCUGUGUAAUUAAGGAUAAAGGUGUUGACUGGAAUAGAGAUCUUCCUUUCUGUGAAAGAAUUCCUUGUGAACCGCCUCCAAGCAUAGCCAACGGGCACUACACUGAAGCACCGAGCUAUGUUUAUCAGACAUCGGUAACCUACACGUGUAAUGUUGUACCAAAAGGCGCAGAUCCCUUGUCACUUAUUGGCCCAGCUACUAUUUUCUGCACUUACGAUGCACACUCAAAUGGAGUUUGGAGUGAACCACCUCCACAAUGUAGAGUGGUCAAAUGUGAUAAUCCAAAAGUUGAAAAUGGAAAAAAAACCCAUGGAUUUGGACCUUCCUAUAGCUAUAAGGACUCAGUCGUGUUUGAGUGUGAUCCAGGUUAUUUCUUGAUCGGAUCAGCGAUAAUUACCUGUGGAGAAAAUAACACCUGGUCUCCUCAAAAACCAACUUGUGAAAAAAUAUUAGGUGGAUGUGGCACCCCGAAGAUCAUGCAUGGAGUAGUGAUUCCCGUGAAAUCUGUUUAUGAAGGAGGAGAGUCUGUUCAGAUAAAGUGCCAUGCUCACUGUACUUUUCCUGAUGGCGCCGAAGAGAUGACAGUAACUUGUCAAGGACAGGAUACGUGGAGUUCUUUACAAAACUGUGCUUGCGGGCCUCCAAGUUCUGGUUCCACUCCACACAUAAAUUAUGGUAGAGUAAUUGAUGGACAAAAACCUUCAUAUUCUGUUGGGGAUUUUAUUACGAUUGAAUGUUAUGCAGGCUACACAUUACAUGGUGAAGCUCGUAUUCAGUAUAUUGGAGAAAACCAAUGGGUUCCUGGAGUGCCAACGUGCCAGUUAAGUGCGUAUGUUACAGUCAUUAUCUGUGUGAUUGUGGCAGUUGUGGUGUUCCUGGCAGCCUUCUGGGUCUAUAAGAAAUUCUUUUCACAAAAUGGACUGCCGUGCAGACGACGGGCCGCUGCUGAAGGAAUGGAGACGGCGGAUGCGCAUUUUACAGCCCUGCUCACCCUUAACCACCUUAUAAGGGAGCAGGAGGAAAGCACGCCAGCGAGAACAGCCCCGAACCCCCCGGACCUUCCUCUUCCCCGUGGUUUGCAGCUCCGACACAUCAUCUGCAAAGUGAAACCUCCCCGGCACCCGGGGCACCCAGGGGUGCGGGGUCCGAGGAGUUAA